GGUGCCGGUGCCAAGAACUGGGUAAGGUAGGCCUGGGCAGGUGGACGCCGGGCGCACACAGUAGUGGCGGGUGAGUGAGUGUGUGUGCAUCGAGGGAAUCCCACCUUCCUCCUCCACGACAGCUUCGUCGGAACCCCAAGUGGUCCUGUCGACAGGUGUGGCUUGCGAGUGAGGAAGAUGGCGGCGGGCGGCAUGAAGACCGCCGUACUGGUGAUGGGGGUGAUCCUCGGCUGCUCUCUCCUCGUCCUCUACCCCGUCUGUGGUGACAACCCUUCCUACACAGAGUGCCGGCCACACAUAGAUGCCACCAUCCGCAACCUGGCAGCCAAGGCCAUUGUCGCCGGGGAGGUCCCUCCGUCCACCCUCAGUAGUGAUGACUAUGAGGGAGUUACAGUUUCUGAGGGCCCUGCCCAAGAUGUACCACCUGUCGAAAGCAGCGAAGUAUCUCCAGAAGAAAAUCCCGAGGUAGCAUCCGAGCCUGCGGAACCACCAGCACCCGAAGAAUCCCCGCCACCUGAAGAAGUCCCGUCACCUUCGGUGCCUGAAGAAUCCCUGGCGCCUGAAGAACCUCCGGUCGUAGCAGGAGAAAAAUUUGCAAAACGAAAAGAGAGUAGAGUGACUGAAACUGCUGAACCAGAGGAGCCUUCAACUGACGAAGUGAAGGACGAAGGCCCCGCAGCAGAGGAGCUCGUUGAGGCCCCAGCACCAAAGGUCGUUGAGGCCCCAGCAGCAAAGGUCGUGGAGGCCCCAGCAGCAAAGGUCGUUGAGGCCCCAGCAGCAAAGGUCGUGGAGGCCCCAGCAGCAAAGGUCAUUGAGGCCCCAGCAGCAAAGGUCGUUAAGGCCCCAGAAGCAAAGGUCGUGGAGGCCCCAGCAGCAAAGGUCGUGGAGGCCCCAGCAGCAAAGGUCGUGGAGGCCUCAGCAGCAAAGGUCGUGGAGGCCCCAGCAGCAAAGGUCGUGGAGGCCCCAGCAGCGAAGGUCUCAGACCACGAGGACCACUUAGCCAUCACACUCUUGCCAAAGAAGAACAGAGACGCCAGAAGACAUAGCACGAAAAGACACGGGAAAACAAAGGAGAUAAAAGAGAGUACAGUUGCCCCUGAGACUGGAGUUACGAGGAACCGGGUCUCACAGGAGGAGACUGACGGGCUCGGAGACACCACGGAGGUGGAGACAGGAGGUCCAGUACGCAGGGAGCGACAGGAGGGUGUCGUCCACGUUGAUGGGAAACGCAAGACUAAGGACGACGAGACCAAGAACCAAGCAGCUGAGGAUAACACGCUGGAAGAAAUUAUUGAGAAAAAAGACCAGAAUGCCGACGAGAAAGACCAGAAGAAACUAACCGAUGAGAAAGACCAGAAGAAGAUAGUUGACGAGAAAGAUCAGAAGAAAGUAGCCGAUGAUAAUCACCAGAAGAAAGUAGUCAAUGAGAAAGACCAGAAGACAGUAGCCGAUGAGAAAGACCAGAAGACAGUAGCCGAUGAGAAAUACCAGAAGCCAGUAGCCGAUGAGAAAGACCAGAAGACGGUAGCCGAUGAGAAAGACCAGAAGAAAGUAGCCGAUGAGAAAGACCAGAAGAAAGUAGUCUAUGAGAAAGAUCACAAGAAAGUUGCCGAUGCGAAAGAUCACAAGAACGUAGCCGAUGAGAAAGAGCAGAAGAAAGUAGCCUAUGAGAAAGACCAGAAGAAAGUAGCCAAUGAGAAAGAUCACAAGAAAGUAGCCGAUGAGAAGGACCAGAAGAAAGUAGCCUAUGAGAAAGAUCACAAGAAAGUAGCCGAUGAGAAAGAUCACAAGAACGUAGAUGAGAAAGAGCAGAAAAAAGUAGACGAUGAGAAAGACCAGAAGAAAGUAGCCAAUGAGAAAGAUCACAAGAAAGUAGGCGAUGAGAAGGACCAGAAGAAAGUAGAUAAUGAGAAAGAUCACAAGAAAGUAGGCGAUGAGAAGGACCAGAAGAAAGUAGAUAAUGAGAAAGAUCACAAGAACGUAGCCGAUGAGAAAGAGCAGAAGAAAGUAGCCUAUGAGAAAGACCAGAAGAAAGUAGCCAAUGAGAAAGAUCACAAGAAAGUAGCCGAUGAGAAGGACCAGAAGAAAGUAGCCUAUGAGAAAGAUCACAAGAAAGUAGCCGAUGAGAAAGAUCACAAGAACGUAGAUGAGAAAGAGCAGAAGAAAGUAGCCUAUGAGGAAGACCAGAAGAAAGUAGCCAAUGAGAAAGAUCACAAGAAAGUAGGCGAUGAGAAGGACCAGAAGAAAGUAGAUAAUGAGAAAGAUCACAAGAAAGUAGCCGAUGAGAAGGACCAGAAGAAAGUAGCCUAUGAGAAAGAUCACAAGAAAGUAGCCGAUGAGAAGGACCAGAAGAAAGUAGCCUAUGAGAAAGAUCACAAGAAAGUAGCCGAUGAGAAAGAUCACAAGAAAGUAGCCAAUGAGAAAGACCAGAAGAAAGUAGUCAAUGACAAAGAUCACAAGAAAGUAGCCGAUGAGAAAGACCAGAAGAAAGUAGUUGAUGAUAAACAUCACAAGAAAGAAGCCGAUGAGAAAGACCAGAAGAAAGUAGCCAAUGAGAAAGAUCAGAAAAAAGUAACCGAUGAGAAAGACCAGAAGAAAGUAUCCGAUGAGAAAGACCAGAAGAAAGUAGCCGAUGAGAAAGACCAGAAGAAAGUAGCCGAUGAGAAAGACCGGAAGAAAGUAGCCGAUGAGAAAGACCGGAAGAAAGUAGUUGAUGAUAAACAUCACAAGAAAGUAGCCGAUGAGAAAGACCACAAGAUAGUAACCGAUGAGAAACACCAGAAGAAAGUAGCCGAUGAGAAAGACCAAAAGAAAGUAUCCGAUGAGAAAGAUCACAAGAAAGUAGCCGAUGAGAAAAAACAGAAGAAAGUAGCCUAUGAGAAAGAUCACAAGAAAGUAGCCGAUGAGAAAGAUCACAAGAAAGUAGCCGAUGAGAAUAACCAGAAGAAAGUAUCCGAUGAGAAAGAGCACAAGAAAGUAUCCGAUGAGACAGAUCACAAGAAAGUAGCCGAUGAGAAAGACCAGAAGAAAGUAUCCGAUGAGAAAGACCCGAAGAAAAUAGCCGAUGAGAAAGACCGAAAGAAAGUAUCCGAUGAGAAAGAUCACAAUAAAGCAGCUGAUGAGAAAUACCAGAAGAAAGUAGCCGAUGAGAAAGAUCAAAAGAAAAUAGCCGAUGAGAAAGACCAGAAGAAAGUAGACAAUGAGAAAGUCCAGAAGAAAGUAGCCGGUGAGAAAGUCCAGAAGAAAGUAGCCGAUGAGAAAGACCAGAACAAAGUAGCCGAUGAGAAAGACCAGAAGAAUGUAGCCGAUGAGAAAGAUCAGAAGAAAGUAGCCGAUGAGAAAGACCGGAAGAAAGUAGCCGAUGAGAAAGACCAGAAGAAAGUAUCCGGUGAGACAGAUCACAAGAAAGUAGCCGAUGAGAAAGACCAGGAGAAAGUAGCCGAUGAGAAAGUCCAGAAGAAAGUAGACAAUGAGAAAGUAGCCGAUGAGAAAGUCCAGAAGAAAGUAGCCGAUGUGAAAGUCCAGAAGAAAGUAGCCGAUGAGAAAGAUCACAAGAAAGUAGCCGAUGAGAAAGAUCACAAGAAAGUAGGUGAUGAGAAAGAUCACAAGAAAGUAGCCGACGAGAAAGACCAGAAGAAAGUAGCCGAUGAGAAAGAUCAGAAGAAAGUAGCCGAUGAAAAAGACCAGAAGAAAGUAGCCGAUGAGAAAGACCAGAAGAAAAUAGCCGAUGAGAAAGACCAGAAGAAAGUAUCCGAUGAGAAAGAUCACAAGAAAGUAGCCGAUGAGAAAGACCAGAAGAAAGUAGCCGAUGAGAAAGAUCACAAGAAAGUAGCCUAUGAGAAAGAUCACAGGAAAGUAGCCGAUGAGAAAGAUCAGAAGAAAGUAGCCGAUGAGAAAGACCAGAAGAAAGUAGCCGAUGAGAAAGACCAGAAGAAAGUAGCCGAAGAGAAAGACCAGAAGAAUGUAGCCGAUGAGAAAGACCAGAAGAAAGUAGCCGAUGAGAAAGGCCAGAAGAAAGUAGCCGACGAGAAAGUCCAGAAGAAAGUAGCCGAUGAGAAAGAUCACAAGAAAGUAGCCGAUGAGAAAGAUCACAAGAAAGUAGCCGAUGAGAAAGAUCACAAGAAAGUAGCCGAUGAGAAAGAUCACAAGGAAGUAGCCGAUGAGAAAGAUCACAAGAAAGUAGCCGAUGAGAAAGAUCACAAGAAAGUAGCCGAUGAGAAAUAUCACAAGAAACGGGGACACAAAGACCAAGAUGAAGAUGGUGCGAAAAAAGACAAAUUAGUUCUAACAGAAAAUGUCAAUGAGGAAGUUGAUGAGGAUAAGGACCAGGAAGAAGCUCUUGAGGAUGAAGACCAGGAAGAAGCUCUUGAGGAUGAGGACCAGGAAGAAGCUCUUGAUGAUGUAGACCAGGAAGAAGCUCUUGAGGAUGAGGACCAGGAAAAAUCUCUUGAGCAUGAGGACAUGGCGGAAGACAUAGAUGAUUUCCCUGAGAAAGCUGAGGAAAAUGGCCAUGAACAAAUAAGGGGGAAUGAAGAUGCGUACCAGGAAGAAGUUGAUGAAUAUGUCGUUGAGGAUGAGGAGGAAGGUGAUGAGGAUACAGAUGAGGAAGGAGAGGUAGGUACAAUUAAUGAUCCACGAGAGGAAGCUAAACUAUACAAGAGAGAUAAUGCCACAGAUAAAAUCAAGAGGCAAGUUUAUGAAAGUCUAGAGGAGGGAGACACAGAAGUUUUGAGAGGAAAGUCUGAAACAAUUAACGAAGCUGUGGUUGACGAGGACACAGAUGAUGGUGACGGUGAUGAUGAUGAUGAUGAUGGUGAUAAUCUAGAUGACACAGAUGGUGAGCCGGGUAAAGACAGUGCGGGCGACUUGCAAGCUACUGACCCAGUCUACACUGCUGGUGAAGAGACGCAGGCAGGUGCACUACCUAAGCAAGCUGCACAGAAGCAAGCAGUGCCCAAGAAAGAGGUGGAACCCGUUGGUAUCUUCGAGAAGUUCGUUAAUAUUGUCUUCGGCUUGUCUCCACACGAGCGCGAUGACAAAAAAUGGGCGCAACCAUGGCAAACACACGAAGAGUUCAAAAAGAAGCCCGCCGAAAAGCCUGUAGAGGUCAAAGUUGAUAGGUCAAAGGGCGGACUUAUCCACAGUUUCGUCAAUAUCUUCUUCGGUGAAUCCAAAGCCUACGUACGGGACCCGAAGUGGGCUGAACCCUGGCAAACCCACAAGGAGCACAAGAAGCAACCCAAGAAAGAACCUGAGCCCGUGAAGAAAGUAGAAGCUACAGGAGGGAUUUUUAAUAAGUUUGUUGAUAUAAUCUUUGGAGAGCAACCGAAGGAAGAAGCGCGUGAUGCCAAAUGGUCUCAGCCCUGGCAGACUCACAAGGAGCACCAGAAGAAGGCCAAAGACGAACCUGUAAAGGAGAAGAAAGAACGUGUCGUUUCGUCGGGUGGAAUUAUUGAUUCUUUCGUUAGCCUCAUCUUUGCCCCGGCGCCUGAAGAGACUAAACGUGAUCCCAAAUGGUCGCAACCUUGGCAGACCCAUCCAGAAUUUUCUAAGAAGGCCGAAAAGAAGGUAGAGAAGAAGGUAGAAAAAGAAACGGUCCGUGUUGAUACUUCCGGUGGACUUAUUGACUCAUUUGUUCAGCUUAUUUUCCCCACAACUCCUGCGGAUACUAAACGUGAUCCCAAAUGGUCGCAACCUUGGCAGACCCAUCCAGAAUUUUCUAAGAAAGCCGAAAAGAAGGUAGAGAAGAAGGAAGAAAAAGAGAAGGUCCGUGUUGACACUUCCGGUGGACUAAUAGAUUCAUUUGUUCAACUCAUUUUCCCCACAACUCCUGCUGACACUAAACGUGAUCCCAAAUGGUCGCAACCUUGGCAGACCCAUCCAGAAUUUUCUAAGAAGGCCGAAAAGAAGGUUGAGAAGAAGGAAGAAAAAGAGAAGGUCCGUGUUGAUACUUCCGGUGGACUUAUUGACUCAUUUGUUCAACUAAUUUUCCCCACAACUCCUGCGGAUACCAAACGUGAUCCCAAAUGGGCCCAGCCGUGGCAGACUCACAAGGAAUUCAGUAAAGCUCCAGCUUCUAAACUGCAGCCUCUCAAGGCCAAAGAUGUUCCAGAAGUAGUUCCAAAGCCUGAGCCUGCUGCCGUCCCCAAACCAGAACCAGUUCGUGUACCAGUGGUAGAACCAAAGCCAGUCGUUGAGGAACCAACUGUGGCAGAGGCAACGUUUCCUGCUGAGGAAGUGGCAGGUGAAGAUGCAGUGCUCAGCGACACCGACGAUGAAGGUGAGGAUCAUGCUGAAGGAUCUGAUGAGGAAUCUGACGAGGACGAGGUGGAUACUGACGAAGAUGAUGAUGAUGGGGAGGAAGAAGGAACUGAUGAAGACGAAGAAAUCAGCGAUGAAGUAGAUGAUGAGGACAAAGAUCAGGAUGAGGAUGAUACAGAUGAAGAAGUUGCCGAGGCAGUAAAAGAAGAUGAAGAAGAUGAGGAAGAUGAGGAAGAUUCAGAUGAAGAAUCCCCUGAGGUAGUCAAAGACGCUGCGGAAGACACUGAUGAUGAAGAUGAUGAAGACGAUGAAGAAGAUGAUGAAGAAGAUGACGAAGACUCAGAUGAAGAAUCCCCUGAGGUAGUCAAAGACGCUGCGGAAGACACUGAUGAUGAAGAUGAUGAAGACGAUGAAGAAGAUGACGAAGACUCAGAUGAAGAAUCCCCUGAGGUAGUCAAAGACGCUGCGGAAGACACUGAUGAUGAAGAUGACGAAGACGAUGAAGAAGAUGACCGCAUUGUUGAAGCCGACACUGAGAAAACUACCAAGAAAGCUUCAAUUCUUAAGAAAAGAGGGAUCACAAAAAGUGAAGUUAAGAGAGCUAGGAAAACUGGUGUUAAGGACCAACCUGAUGACGAUGACGAGUCUAGUGACGAACGUGAGACAGCUGAAGGCGAAGCUGACGAAGCAGGAGACGAAUCAGAUGGCAAUCAAGACGAAGGUGACGACGAGAUCAUCAUCCACAGCCCAGACGACGAAGGUGCAGGUGCAGCUCCUGCGGCAGCUCCUGCUGGUACCCAACCGGUGGCUGACGCCCCCGAAGCCGCCGAGCAGCAGGUACUGGUGGAAGAGAGCGAGGCACCGCAAGUUCCUCAGGCAGCUCCAGCACUGGAGGAGGAGGAGGAACAGAUAGUGGUGGUUCCUACGGCCUUCCGCUCCAGAGACCGUCUGGAAGCCAUCUUGGGCCUGGACGAGUCCUCGCAAGACGCCGCCGCCCGCACUGACCCCAUCGCUGACGCCACACUCAAGGAACUCAAGAAAAUUUACGAGAGCACCAUCAAGCCCCUGGAGGUGCUCUACAAGUACAAGGACAUCUCCAACCGACACGUAUCCGACGCCGAGCUCUUCGGCACGCCGCUCAUCCUGCUGGUGGGGCCUUACUCCACCGGCAAGUCCUCCUUCAUCAACUACCUCUUGGGCGUCGAGUACACGAAGCGGGCGCUGAAGACAGGGACGCCGCCCAGCCACGGCGUGUUCCGUGUGGUGCAGUUCGGGGAACAGGACACCGAGCUGGACGGCACCGACCUCAGCGCUCACUGGUCUUUCACCUCACUUCAGAAGUUCGGACAGAACUUCAUAGAUCAGCUUCAUGGCAAAGCUUUCAACAGCCCUCUACUGAAGAAGGUGACCUUCGUGGAGGCCCCAGGUAUCCUGGAGAUGCGACGCCCAGGGGAACGACUGUACCCAUUCAACGACGUGGCUCAGUGGUUUAUCGAUCGCGCAGACCUCAUUCUCGUCAUGUUCGACCACACUAAACUCGAUGCUGGCUACGAGCUGGAGGCCAUCUUGGAUCAGCUAAAGGGACGCGAGGCCCAGACACGUAUCUUGUUGAACAAGGCCGACCAGGUGCCGGCCGAGGAGCUGAUCAAGGUACAAGGGAGCCUCUUCUGGAACCUGAGUCCCCUCCUGGGGGUGUCCACGCCCCCGACCGUCUAUGCCGGAUCCUUCGCCUCCAGGCCUUACCGCACCUCAUCUCCAGCCAGACUCUUCCAGGCGCAGGAGGAGGCGCUCCUCACCGAUAUCGCCCUCGCUGUCAAUUCCCGCGUCGACAACCGUAUUGCCAUCGCUCGCAGACACGCGGUGCGAGUGAGGAACCACGCACAAAUGGUAGACACCUACCUCACCACCUACUACAAGAACAAGGGCUUCCUCACCAGCAAGCACAAGCUGGCUGAGGACAUCGUCGAGAACCCGCACACCUACAACAUCUACGAGGGAGUCGGUCUUCUUACCAACAUCUCCCGUUACGACCUCCCAGACCCUGAGACCUAUAGGGACUUCUUCAGGGUUCACAACCUAUUCGACUUCCAAACUCUGAAGGAGACUUGCUCGUUCUUCCGUGGAUGUCCUCUCACCAAGAUUGACGCUGCCAUCAGCACCGACUUGCCCGAGCUGCUGGAGCGUUACCGUCGUCUGCUGGAGGCCGCCAUCGCUGCCCCGGGCCCCAAGCGGAGGGACGCGGCCCCCGUGCCCGCCCCGUCCACCCGCGGCUCUGUUCCCGCUGCUGCGACCGCUCGAACGUCUUGAGCCACAAGCGUCUACGUCCUCACACGCCCGCAGCACGACUGACCCAAGUGUGAUAUUCAAACUGGAGACGCGACUGGCUUAACAAGCCGCCGUGACCCAGCUGAUGAAGGGUGGUGGGCGGGCGGGAGUAUGACGGGGUCAAACAGGUCACGCCCCCGCCAUACCCCCGCGACCGUACUGUGACAGGUUCACCCACCUGGUUCACACGAACUACCCUACUGGAGACUGCUGCCUCUCCUGAUUCCCGGGUGGAUGGGUGGGUCUCGCUGCCCCUCCACCACAGCGGCGACAGGCGGGCGGCGCCAACCCCUGCAUUCCCGCCAACUUUGUUGUCUUCACUGUCCUCCUAUACUUUGCUCUUCUACUUUGUUUCUUCUUGUCGCCCCUUGCUCGACAGCCCUAACGACGACCCUCAAGCGACCUGAAGGUGGAGUGCGGGGAAGCCAGGCGAGGGUACGCCCUCUCUCCGCCCCUCAGCUCGUCCUUGGGGUCGUUUCUAACCCAAGCUGUUUUAAGGCGACCUCCGGGCGGAGAAGACUGGGCUACCCUCGGCUGCUCUUUGUCAUCACAUGGAAACUAUCUCCAUGUCGAUUGAUACAUCUCACUAGAAUAGACAACAUUUGGGAUUCCUCUUUGCACAUCGUCUUAGAGCAUUCCGUGUCCUAAGACGGUGGCUUGUGAGAGGGACUCUAAGCUUAGACUGUUGAUAUCGUCAUACAUAAUUACCAAAGAUGUCGGUGGCUCGCCAGGUCUCCUAGAUUAAGAUUUUUGUUGCUCUAUAUAAAUUACCUUAACAUGCUGCGAAAAAAUAUGUAUCAUACACAUCAAUGUCAAAAUCUCGCUCAUUAGAAGACUGUAAAUAAUACUUCAUUUGUAUUAAUGUAUAUACUGCAUGGGUAACAGCUUCUCCUCCAUAUCGACCUACCCAGGCUUUGCGCCCUGGAGAGGACACUUCAGCCUCGACAACCAGAGCGCAACUCCAUAGUCUCCCAAGACUGCAGGAUGCCUACUACUACUACUGUAUAACGGCGUCUUAGUCUAAUACAUAUCAGUACAUACUGAGUUCCCAAAGAGACCAAAGACCUCAAGCCAGGGGCCACGGCACAUAGGUGAAAAACACAUAACUUAGACUUAAGGCUAAUUUUACAAGGAUGAGUACAAUCUAGUCAGCUUGUUACUUCACGAAGGGAAACUGUCUUUCAGACGACCCUCUUACACGACUCUUACGCUAAUUAUUAAGUCACAGGACCGCUGCUCAUCUUCCAUUCCUUCAGCGCACCACGAAGAAAAGCGAGUCAGCACAAGAUCUCUCUCCGGAAUGGAAGGGGGGAACACUAUACCACACGUCACAGCUCACUGGAAGCACCAGGGACCCUGCCUUGUGUGCCUAGCUCAUUGGCUAUUGUUAGGCUGCCACUAAUUUACAUCGCCUGCUACCGCUAUCAGGCCCCUUGCUAACUUGUAAUAAUAUUGUACCACAUGUAAUCCCGGCAACGAGGUUACUAAAUGUUCAGAAAAGCUUGUUACACUAUUGGAGAUCUUUCGUGGUUAGCUAAAUAAAGCCAUGUUAAGUUGUUAGUGAGUAUGGUAAGGUGUUAGGAAUUCUCUGUGGUACCUCUAGCCCUCCCAUACCUGGGGUUCAGAGGCCAGGUACUCAAGAGGACCUCCCACUGCCCACCCCACAUGAAUGUAGCGGUCCCACCCCUAAAAAAAAUACAAUAUAUAUAUAUGCAUUUUGUUUUCGAGUGGAUUUUCUAUAGAGUAUGAGCAAAUUUGUAUAUUAAUGUAAAGUGUCUUGUAUAUGUUUAAUCAUGUGAUGUUAUAUAUUGAAUAUUUAGUUGUAUAGAUGCAGCAAUGGGACUCAAAAUACCCCUACAUCCUUAGCCAGCAAGCUGAGAGACGCUGUCAGCAGCAGCUCCUGACAUUGUCACAAGGAAGCUGACAUCAGUCUCCCCUUGUUUUACUGUAGACUAGAUUUGUUCUAUAUUCUCUUUAAUGGUGACGUUGUCCUUGUUGAGUGAGAGGGCCUGCGGUGGGUGCUGCCCCCUGGGAGCGCCCAGCGGCAGCCCUUGCGUGUGAUCAGUGUGUGUAUGGUCACUUGUGAUAUCAUGCGUCCCUCCACCCUGUGAAAUAACACAAUUAGGGAGUGUUGCAAUAAACUUACGCCGUCCUA